UCCGUGGCCAUACAGGACGGGAUGACUGGGCGACAGCAGCAAGGGGGGCUGCCUAGGGUGCAGGGGGUCCCCGAGGGGACACGAGCCGGUCAGGGCGUGGGGGAUGACCCGAACUCCAACACGUACCGCCACGAGGAGAACCCCUACUACAGGAACCCCUACCCGCCCUUCCUCAGCAACCGCGUGCCGCCCCGGACUCCGCAGCGAACCCCUCUCCCUGACCUGGUACCGGACCCCUACUACAUCCAGGUGUCCACCUACAUCCAGCGGGCUCACCCUCUACUCCCUGCGCUGCGCCGCCGAGGAAAAAUGCCUGGCCAGCACGGCGUACCGCCCCGAGGCGGCUGACUACGACGUGCGUGUCCUCCUGCGCUUCCCGCAGAAAGUGAAGAACCAGGGCACCGCCGACUUCCUGCCCAGCCGCCCCCGCGAGGCGUGGGAGUGGCACGCGUGCCACCAACACUUCCACAGCAUGGACGAGUUCAGCCACUACAACCUGCUGGAGGCGGGCUCGGGCCGCAAGGUGGCGGAGGGCCACAAGGCGAGCUUCUCGGAGGACACGACCUGCGACUACGGCUACCGCAAGCGCUACGCCUGCACAGCGCACACGCAGGGUCUGAGCCCCGGCUGCUAUGACACCUACAACGCCGACAUCGACUGCCAGUGGAUCGACAUCACCGACGUGCGGCCCGGGAACUACGUGCUGAGGCUGCACGUGAACCCCAACUACAAGGUGCGCGAGUCGGACUACUCCAACAACAUCGUGCGCUGCGACGUGCGCUACACGGGGAGGUUCGCUUCGGCCACCAACUGUCGCAUCUCCCCGUAA